AUGACUCGUUUCGGAUUCCUCUCACUGGCUUUGCUCUCCCUUCAGGCCUUCGUCGGCACUGGCCUCGCUGCUGAGGAGACUGUUGAGGCUGAGACUCGUAGCUAUGCUGUCUCUGCCGAGGCUUCUUUCCCAUCUUCUGAGAUCUUCGGCGUGAAGCUCGUCAACGGUCACCCGACCCAGGCGCUGAUCGCCUUCACCAACGAAGAGCCGAACCCUGUCACUGUCAAUUUUGUUGGUGGUACCCUUUGGAAUCUCGAGGAAGCUAGCAAGGUUGUCCGUAAUCUGACUGCCACCCGUUAUGCCCUUGAGAUCCCUGCGGGUAAAAAAGAGGUCAUCAGCUAUGACUUUGCCACCGAAAUGCACCCGCAGGAUCUCCGUUUGAACAUUGCUGCAAUACUGUCUGACAGCGAGGGCAACUUUUUCUCUGCUCAGGCCUUCAAUGGCUCUGUAAGCGUGGUUGAGCCUGAAACCAGCAUCUUCGACCCCCAGAUCAUCUUCCUCUACUUCUUCCUCCUGGCCUGUGCUGGUGGUAUCUCCUACUUCUUCUACACCGUCUGGAUCGCUCCCUACUUCCCCCAGAAGCGCAAGAGCAAGUCUGAUGAAAAGCGUGCCCCCAAGCCCGUCGUCGAGAGCCCUAGCCCUGUCGUUGCCUCUUCUACCACAUACAACACUGACUGGAUCCCCGACCACCACAUCAACCGCCCCGAGGCUCGUAAGGUGAAGGGCGCUCGUUCCAAGUCUCGCUCGUAG